AGAAAGGGUAAAGAACUAUCCCACCCCUUUCCUUCUCCUUCCCCAUCCCAGCCCGCCUCCGCUCAUCCUUCUGGACACGGCGCCGAUCGCAUCCACCCCGAAACCCUAGCCGGACUCACCAUGGCGCGGCGAUCCGCCCCUCUCCUCCGGCGCCUCCUAUCCCCGGCCCCUCCCUUCCCCCUCGCUGGCGCCGUGUCCCGCCGUACCGUCACCUACAUGCCGCGCCCCGGCGACGGCGCCCCGCGCACCGUCACGCUCAUCCCGGGCGACGGCAUCGGGCCCCUCGUGACCGGCGCCGUGCGCCAGGUGAUGGAGGCAAUGCACGCGCCGGUCUGCUUCGAGACGUACGAGGUCCACGGCGACAUGCCAUCGGUGCCUACCGAGGUCAUCGAGUCCAUCCGCCGCAACAAGGUCUGCCUCAAGGGCGGUCUCGCUACGCCCGUCGGCGGAGGUGUCUCCUCCCUCAACCUGCAGCUGCGCAAGGAGCUCGACCUCUACGCUUCCCUUGUCAAUUGCUUCAACCUCCCUGGGCUGCCCACCAGGCACGAGAACGUCGACAUCGCCGUCAUCAGGGAGAACACGGAGGGCGAGUACUCGGGCCUCGAGCACGAGGUCGUGCCUGGCGUCGUCGAGAGCCUCAAGGUGAUGACGAAGUUCUGCUCUGAAAGGAUUGCCAAAUACGCCUUUGAGUAUGCUUACCUCAACAAUAGAAAGAAAGUGACGGCAGUGCAUAAAGCAAACAUCAUGAAGCUAGCUGAUGGUUUGUUCCUGGAGUCCUGCCGUGAGGUUGCGACGAAGUAUCCUGGAAUUCAAUAUAAUGAAAUCAUUGUGGACAACUGCUGUAUGCAGCUUGUUGCAAAACCUGAACAGUUUGAUGUUAUGGUCACCCCAAAUCUUUAUGGCAACCUGGUGUCCAAUGUGGCUGCAGGUAUUGCUGGGGGCACUGGUGUCAUGCCUGGAGGCAAUGUUGGUCAGGACCAUGCGGUCUUUGAGCAGGGUGCUUCUGCCGGAAAUGUUGGAAAUGAUAAGAUUCUGCAACAGAAGAAAGCUAACCCCGUUGCUCUGUUUCUCUCGUCUGCCAUGAUGCUGAGGCAUUUGCAGUUCCCGUCAUUUGCCGACCGGCUGGAAUCAGCCGUGAAGGGUGUCAUUGCAGAAGGCAAAUACAGGACUAGGGAUUUGGGCGGCACCAGCACCACCCAGGAAGUCACGGAUGCAGUGAUCGCUAAACUCGAUUAGCCGCCAAUUGCGUGCUUUUUGAGACUAGUUUUUUGUGCCCCUCGGACUAGUCUGCUAGUCCUGAAUGAUUUUCAUUGAUUGUAGUGUUAGAUUGUCUUUUUGUUCAGCGAAUCACUGUAAAUCUUCCGGCGUGUUCUAUCUGGUUUGCUUCAGAAUAAUUUGAGCAACUCACCAGAAACUUGCCAAGUUAUAACUGGAAAUAAGUUCGGAAUUAUAAAGAAACGAUCCUCUUUUACAUCCA